GCAGCGCAGCAGAUCGCUGCAUGACAUACCUCAAGAAGAACCAGCGCUGGGGGGGGGGGUCUGUGGCGUGGCCGUGGGAAGACCUAUCCCUGGGGAGUGGUAGUUCUGUGGCCGUGCCUGAAGCCGCUCCCCACAAGUCUGCCUGCUCCCGCACUCGCUACCGGUCCUGUGGGGAGCCGCUGUGGCCGUGUUCAGGCGGCUCCCCGCGCCGACAUGCCCAGGUUAAAGAUGGCGCCCGCGCGUCUAAGCGCUUAUGCGCAUGCGCCGGGCCGUCCUUCAGGGGGCCGGCUGACGUUGGGGGGGGGGGGGGCGGGGCUCUCUCCCGACGCGCAGGACCCGGAAGUGAGGGCCGAGGCGCGUCUUUUAAAUCUAUAAAUACGGCAGCAGGUGCAGGCAGCCAGCGGGGCACAGUUUCUUGUGCUGAAGUAGGAUCCAGCUGAAGCAUGUCGGAACCUACAGAUGGACGCGCUGAACCCCUGGACCCCUUGAGGCCUCCAAGUCCGAUCCCAAAGCCUCCUAAAAAAUCAUCCUCCAAGUCCAAACACAAGGAGUGUGCAGACUGUAAAACGGCUCUAUCUGCAUCCUAUCAGAAAUCUCUGUGCACAGCAUGUAUAGACAAGCUGGUAGCGGAACAGUCCAAGACCCUUACAAGAUCUAUGAAGUCCCUAAUCAAAGCGUCCUUCAAGGCGUUCAGUAAAGGCCGUGCCAGAUCCCCGGAUAAAGCCACAAAAUAUGAUAGUAGGGAAAUGGACUCGUCCGAUAGUGAAGCCAGAGAAUCCGGACAGUUAGAUUCCAGUAAUUUGGACUCCUCGGACGAGGAAUAUUCAGGGAAGUCCUUUUUUUCCCCUGAUGAUACGCAGCCGUUACUAAAAGCGGUCCGAGCAACUAUGCAAUUGGAGGACAUUAAGGAGACCAGAUCGGUUGCAGAUCAGGCCUUCCAGGCUUUAGGCCCUAAGAGACAUAGAGUUUUUUCUGUACAUGAGAGCAUGCAGGCGAUUAUUAAAAAGGAGUGGAAGAAUCCCGACAAAGUUCUUCAUACCCUCCUCGGUUAAAAGAAAGUACCCUUACGAAGAAAAAGUGUCCUCAAGCUGGGAUAGGGCCCCUACGGUGGAUGCACCAGUCGCCAAGAUUGCAAAAAAGUCUGCCCUCCCCUUUGAUGAUUUAGGUUGCCUCUCGGACCCUUUAGACAAAAAAGCGGAUAUAUAUCUUAAACGGGCUUGGGAGACGUCGGCCGCCUGUCUCAGGCCGGCAGUCGCAGCCACUUGGGUUUCCCGGUCGCUGAGACUAUGGAUUGACCAGCUAGAAACGCACCUUAAAGAAAAGAGGCCUAGAGAAGAGCUCCUAGCCUCUCUCCCCUCCUCUUUAAUCCCUUAUCACUCUCUCCGGAGAACAAUUUAUUUCUUCCACUGGUGUUGGGUGGAGGUGUGUCCUUUUUAUCUUCUCAGGUUUCCUGUCCUGAUGGGAGGUCCUGAGUCGCACUGGGUGCCGUCAUGGGUAUUGAGAAAAACGA